ACUAUCAUCAACAUCAUCAUCAUCAUCAUCAUCAUUAUUAUCAUCAUCAUGAAGGGAAUAUUAUCCUUUAUGACCAAUUAGCACACCGAAUAUCUUUCAAUCUCUUCAGGACCUCCAACCAGCCUGUUUCAGCCACCUCGUCGUCCUGGCCUUGGCACUGUUGGAAAACCAAUUCGACUGUUAGCCAAUCAUUUUCAGGUUCAAAUUCCUAAAAUAGAUGUAUAUCACUAUGAUGUGGAUAUUAAACCAGAAAAACGGCCUCGUAGAGUCAACAGGGAGGUGGUAGAUACAAUGGUGCGGCACUUUAAGAUGCAAAUAUUUGGUGAUCGGCAGCCUGGCUACGAUGGUAAAAGAAACAUGUACACAGCACACCCACUGCCAAUUGGACGGGAUAGGGUUGAUAUGGAAGUAACCCUUCCAGGAGAGGGUAAAGACCAAACCUUUAAGGUGUCUGUUCAGUGGGUGUCAGUUGUGAGCCUUCAGUUGCUUUUAGAAGCAUUAGCUGGGCAUUUGAAUGAAGUCCCAGAUGACUCAGUACAAGCACUUGAUGUUAUCACAAGACACCUUCCCUCUAUGAGGUACACUCCAGUGGGCCGUUCCUUCUUCUCACCUCCUGAAGGCUACUACCACCCUCUGGGAGGGGGCAGGGAGGUCUGGUUUGGCUUUCAUCAGUCUGUGAGACCUGCUAUGUGGAAUAUGAUGCUCAAUAUUGAUGUAUCUGCAACUGCUUUCUACCGGGCUCAGCCUAUCAUUGAGUUCAUGUGCGAGGUUUUAGACAUUCAGAACAUCAAUGAGCAGACCAAACCUCUAACAGACUCUCAGCGUGUCAAGUUUACCAAAGAAAUCAGAGGUCUUAAAGUUGAAGUGACCCACUGUGGCCAGAUGAAACGAAAAUAUCGAGUUUGUAAUGUGACUAGACGGCCAGCCAGUCAUCAAACUUUUCCUUUACAGCUAGAAAAUGGUCAAGCUAUGGAAUGUACUGUAGCUCAAUAUUUUAAGCAAAAGUAUAGUCUGCAGCUGAAAUACCCCCAUCUUCCCUGUCUCCAAGUGGGACAAGAACAAAAGCAUACAUACUUGCCACUUGAGGUCUGUAAUAUAGUGGCAGGACAGCGAUGUAUAAAGAAGCUCACAGACAAUCAGACUUCCACGAUGAUCAAAGCCACAGCAAGAUCUGCUCCUGACAGACAGGAAGAAAUCAGUAGACUGGUGAAGAGUAACAGCAUGGUGGGUGGACCUGAUCCAUACCUUAAAGAAUUUGGUAUUGUUGUCCAUAACGAAAUGACAGAGCUUACAGGCAGGGUACUUCCAGCACCAAUGCUGCAAUACGGAGGCCGGAAUAAAACAGUAGCCACACCCAACCAGGGUGUCUGGGACAUGCGAGGAAAGCAGUUUUAUGCUGGCAUUGAAAUUAAAGUUUGGGCAGUUGCUUGUUUUGCGCCUCAGAAACAAUGUAGGGAAGAUUUACUAAAGAGUUUCACGGACCAGCUCCGUAAAAUCUCUAAGGAUGCAGGAAUGCCCAUCCAGGGUCAGCCAUGUUUCUGCAAGUAUGCACAAGGUGCAGACAGUGUGGAGCCCAUGUUUAAACAUCUGAAAAUGACAUAUGUGGGCUUACAGCUAAUAGUGGUUAUCUUGCCCGGGAAGACGCCAGUAUAUGCGGAGGUGAAACGUGUUGGAGAUACCCUGCUGGGUAUGGCCACACAGUGUGUCCAGGUUAAAAAUGUAGUGAAGACCUCACCCCAAACCCUUUCCAACCUUUGCCUGAAGAUUAAUGCAAAGCUUGGAGGAAUUAACAACGUGCUUGUACCUCAUCAAAGGCCAUCCGUGUUCCAGCAGCCUGUCAUCUUCCUGGGAGCAGAUGUCACACACCCUCCUGCAGGGGAUGGGAAGAAGCCUUCCAUUGCUGCUGUCGUUGGCAGUAUGGAUGGCCACCCCAGCCGGUACUGUGCCACUGUUCGGGUACAGACUUCCCGCCAGGAGAUCUCUCAGGAGCUCCUCUAUAGUCAGGAGGUAAUCCAGGACCUUACUAACAUGGUUCGAGAGCUGCUGAUCCAGUUCUACAAAUCCACACGCUUCAAACCCACACGGAUCAUCUAUUACCGUGGAGGGGUAUCCGAGGGACAAAUGAAACAGGUAGCUUGGCCAGAACUAAUUGCAAUUCGAAAGGCAUGUAUUAGUUUGGAAGAAGAUUACCGGCCAGGAAUAACCUACAUUGUGGUACAGAAAAGACAUCACACACGACUCUUCUGUGCAGAUAAAACAGAAAGGGUGGGUAAAAGUGGCAAUGUACCAGCAGGCACUACAGUGGAUAGCACCAUCACACAUCCAUCUGAAUUUGACUUUUACCUCUGUAGUCAUGCAGGAAUUCAGGGAACCAGCCGUCCUUCACAUUACCAGGUCUUGUGGGAUGACAACUGCUUCACUGCAGAUGAGCUCCAGCUACUGACUUACCAGCUGUGUCAUACCUAUGUGCGGUGCACACGCUCAGUCUCUAUUCCAGCCCCUGCGUAUUAUGCCCGGCUUGUAGCAUUCAGAGCAAGGUAUCAUCUCGUGGAUAAAGAUCAUGACAGUGCAGAAGGCAGUCAUGUGUCAGGACAGAGCAACGGCCGAGAUCCUCAGGCCUUGGCUAAAGCCGUGCAGAUCCAUCAUGAUACCCAGCACACAAUGUAUUUUGCCUGAGAGUCUCAGAAGAAUAGCUCAACCAAUUUGGCACCCCAUGCAGCCUCAAAAUGUUUCAAAUGCCUACUGCCUCUAGAGAGAGCCAAGUUGACUUCAGGUUGUCUUCUACCAGCAGCUCGGAAUAGUUGCACUGAAUAUAUACUUCACAGCACUGUCUGAUGCAUCAACAAAAUUGAGCCAUUUUUUUUAAAGUAAUAGAUACUCAUAGAUUGUCUUUUCUGAUGCACUGGACUGAAUUUUUACCUCAACAUGCAAAGGCUGAUCAGCCUGAACUUUCUAAAGGACUUUACAAGAAAGGUUUCUAUGGAAUAUUUUGCUAGCUGUGGUGUUCACCGCAUCCCUCUAGUCUUAUAAAAGAAGAUUAUUCCUUUUUUCUGUAUUCAUCGAGUGGGAUGUAUGCAUAAGUGGGAGAGAAAAACCAAACAAUCUACUUCGGUUCAGCGUAACUAUUUACUCGUGUGGGUCCAUAGACUUUUUAAUGGAGAUUUCUGACUUCGCCACUGUAAAUGCCUUUAAUGAGCAUUAAUUUUGAAAGUUUUACAGAGUUUUAUUAGUUUUACUACUUAAUCUUAUUGAUCUUUACAGACUUGUGCUAGUGCAAGUCUAAGUCUAGGCUGCCAAGCAAUUGCACUAUAUUUGGCUCCAGAUUCAAACAGGCAGUUCUCUUAUUUGGUUGACUUUUGUGAAUGUGUAACACAAACAGAUAUAACGCAUGUCACGGUGACAAAUAACACUGCCAUGGUAAAAGUACUCAUGUUUCCCCCUCUUUGAAAAAAAUUAGCUGUUAGUAUUUUUCAAAGUUUUCAAAAGUGCCCAUUUUAUGCUGCUGUGUGGUUUCUUAGAUCUAAAUGAUUUUUAAACUUUUCUCAUAGAAAGUUAACUUUGGCAAUAAACAUUUUUUAAGAUCCUUCCUCUUCCUUCCCCUGACAAUGUAGUUUUGUAGAUGAGAUUUCGGUAUGAUUUUAUCAGCUAUUUCUUAUAGAUCAUAAUCUGGCAAUUUCUGAAACAGUCAGAAAAGACAUAUAUUUCCAUGCCUUUUUAAAGAAUUAUUUUUUAUCUGUUUUAUAGUCACAGUUGGUGUCCUGUCACUUUGUUUUAAAAUAAGCUAGAACCAGGAUGCUUCCUUACUGGAUAGGCUUUGCCAGUCCUUAAGGUACAUUGAGUGAUGCUGCAACUUGCAAAAAUGUACCAGCAUUUAAAACUUUUUUUCCUGGGAAUCAAGGUUACUUAUACAAUUACUUGCAGUGCAAAUUUUGUGCUUCUUUAUCAACCUGAAAUGUACUUGGUGAGGUUUCCUUCCUUUUAUUAAAUGAAAACUGCAUAGAAA